AUGUUUUUGUAUUCAUUUGGCUGCUGCUUGGCUCAAAAUCGAACAUCUACGACUGCAACGAUUAACGGAUCUGAUACAGCAGUAACUGAAAAUACAUCAAAUAAACGUUGGUUUCAUCUUGUUAAUGAAUCAUUUAGUGAAAAACAACUUGGAGAACUUGCUGAUGAAUUUCUUGCUAUCUAUGAAAAAUGUCCAGAAAAAAUCAAGAAAAAACUUGUUUAUCAAAGCGAACGACAAUCACAAUCGAAUCCAAAUGAAGGUGGUGCAUCUUCAUCUCAACAUAAUCUAUCCGCAUCUAAUGCUCAAUUACGUCCAACAGAUUUGGCUGAUAGUGUCGUACCACAAGGUUCUACUCGUAUUAAAACUGAAAUUAAAACUGAAUCUCGACCAAAUCAACCACCAUUACCGCAAAGUCGGCCUGUACAACCACCACUUCCACCACCAUCUCAAACAUCAUCCGGUGCUAUUAAACGAGAACCAUCAGCAGCAGCUCCAACAUUUUCAUCAUCAAAUCGUCCACCGGUGUCAUCACAUCCUCCACCAUUUCAACAUCCACCAUCUUCACAUUAUCAAGCUCAUCAUCAUGUUAAUAAUAAUUACAAUCAACAUUCUCGUUAUCCACCACAACAAACCCGUCCUGGACUACCGCCUCCAAAUCGAUCAUCACAACAACAACCACUUCCACCUCCACAACAUAGUAAGAUACAACUUUCUAAGUGUUAUUAGAAUUUGACUAACUUAAGUGUAAUCAAAAAGAUUUCUUGAGAUUGAGGAAGACGUAAUGUUACCAAUGAGAAAUAAUAAAGCGAGUACAUGAGUUUCUUCAAACAAUAAUAUAUCUCGGAUAUCUGUUA